ACCCUUCCUAAAAUAACCCCAGAAGAAGAAAUGGUGGCGCAACUAGCUAGCAAGAGCUGAGGGGUUUAGUUCAUGACAGCUACCCUCAUCCACAACCCUUCAAAUAAGCUCAUUUUACCGCACAGACCGAGUUUUCCUAUGUCAUCCUCUAAACCUGGACACCACAUCCCACUAUGUUCGAGGUAACGGAGACAGUUAAGCGGCCAGUUUUGGGGCUUUUGUUGCAAAGUGGCGGACGUUAGAUUUUUUUUGCAUUUGGCGUAAUUAUGAUAGUUAACUUAUGUAGAUACAGUUCGUUAACCUGGACGAAAACAACCACCGUAUCUGCUGCGAGUUAAUCUGAAUGAUAUUGUUUUAAAUCCGUUUUAUGUUGAAUAUCAACAGCUCGGACUGAUAGGGUCAAAAACGCUUGUUUGUUAGCUGGUUAGCUAGCGGCGUUUGUUUUUACAUUUAAUAGUGAGUCAGUCUGAAAGGAGACGAACUCAACUGGGAAUCAUUUUCAUUAGAGUCUGUUAUUAUGACCCUUUUAUGAUCGUUUUCUAAAAACACCAGGUAGCAUUUUAUUAAUGAAGUUUAUCGGUGCUUUUAAACUACUCUCGACUUCUUAGAAAUAGGCUUCAUCAUCAGUUACUGUUUGCAUAAAUAGAUGGACAGAAAGAAAAAUAACUUCAAGAAGUAUUCAAGAAAAUGACAGAAAGUUUAAACCGAAUAAACCCUUUAACUCCUGCACUCUACCCAAAUAGAUGCUGGAUUUAUACAUAAAACGCAUGACCCAGAGGUAUUAUACAGCUAUUUUAUAACAUAUAUCAUGAAUACUACUACUGUGAAUACUGAAAAAUAACAAUAAAAUUGUUACAUCACAUACAAAACAACUGCAUGACUUGUUAUUCAAGAAAAAUACUAAUCUGUCUGAAUGUGUCGUAGCUGUUUUUAGGAGUUUGCAUCAACAACUUAAUUAAAAAAGAAGACACAGACUCUACGUCACGUUAUUACAUUACAAAUAUGAAUAAAAGAGCAAAAACUCAAAGUAAACAUCCUACUGUGCUGUCAAGUAUUUUUUUCUUUAACGGAUUUAAAUAUAAAACUGUUCUGACCUAAAAAAUGAUAGUUUACUUUUCUGAGUAUAAACAGACACGUAACGCCUUAUAAAAGUAAGGUUCAAAAAGCUUUAUAUCUUAACGCAAAAGAAAAAUAGCAUCUUUAAUUUCUGAGUUUAAUAACACGGAGGGGAAAAGUUAUUCUCAUGAAAAAAAUUGAUAGUUUCUAUGAUUUUCAAUUUGAAAAAUGUGUUUUUAAGUUUUACUUCAUGCUAAAUCACGACUUUGGGUGCUUUAAGUAAAGUGACAGCGCUGUAUAUGAUCAUAUAUCACAUUUAUAAGAACUUAUAAACAGUAUUCUGUGGCUGGAAUGAAUGUUUCUGAGAGAAUCUCGGAGUUAGGAAAAAGGGGCCUUCUGCGUUGCUGCUCCCACUGCAUGGAAUUCACCACAGAGGGAACUAAAAUGAUCAGAUUCACCACAGAGGGAACUAAAAUGAUCAGAUCUGAUCUCCUUUGAGGACUUUGUGAAAAUUCUUAAAAUGAGGGAACUGGAAGGCACUGGCCUUUGUGACUGUUUUUAACAAGAUGUUACACUGCUUCUAUUCUAUCACUGACAAUUUUAUUAAUUUUAUUCUAUUGUAUUUCUUCUUGAGUUAUUGUUAUUUAUUUUAAAUGAUUUUACUGUAACUUUGCUGCCUCUUGGCCAGGUCGCUUUUGUAAAAGAGAUUUUAUAUAUCAAUAAGCCUCACCUGGUUAAAUAAAGGUUAAAUAAAAAAUAAUGUAUCUGACAAAACGAUUCAUAACAAUUAUACAUUUUUAGAAUUAUGGAUAUCUUUUGUAUUAAAGUAUAAUGAAUUAUAAACCACACCUUUAUAAGGCAUCACACUCACCUCUUUAACAUUCCCUAUAAAGUGUCAUAAAUGCUUCAUGUCACUCAUAAAUGUUGUUAUAAAGCUUACAGAUGAUAAGGCUUUAUAAAUGUGCUUAUGUUGCAUUACAAGAAGUGGGUUCAUGUUUACUUUUACCAUUUUUCCUGCAGGUUCAGAUAAAUGAUGAUUGAUAGUUCACAGGGUCCCUGAACUUAAGAUGGACACGUGGCUUUGAGACUUAUGUUUGAAUGUCUGUUUUUCUUGACAGGACCCUGACCUCCAAGAUCCGUUAUCGCUGAGUCUGAACGAAAACUAUGACGAUCACAGUUCCCACCAUCACGAUUCAAGAAAAGCACAAGCAAGCCCAGAGUAUAACUGUGAGACCCCAGAAAUUCAUGUGAUCAUCAAAGAGGAGGAGGAUGGCUGGACUGUGAGUGAAAAUCGUGAGUGCAAGAUCUCCUAACAAUCUCCAUCUCAAUUUGCUAGUUGACUUACAGUCAGUUACUGAACUUUGACUUUGAACAUUGUUGUUUUUUCAUGUUGUUCCUGGAACAGAUGAGAGCUUCAGCUCCGAGAGAGGGAAGGAGGACACUUCCUCAGACACUUGUCAUCCUCGGGUCACAGUCUGCGACAAAGACAGCACUUCUCCACUCAAAGGACAGAGACAGCAGAGAGGAUACUUGGUGGAAAAGUGUCCAGAGGAGCCGGUGGACCCGGCUGUCUCUGGACAGAGCUCCUCUGCGAGAGAGGAGUGGCAGAGACACAGGCUCACAGACUGUGAUGAGAAACCUAAGAUCUCCUUUAAGCAUGGAAAAGCUCCUGGAAAUGUCCAUCAGCGGAACAACAGUGCACCAGAAACCACCUCCAGUGAGAGGAAGAUCAUGAAGUCUCAUCAGAGAACAAGAGCAGGGGAUGAAUGUAACUCUAAAGAGCAGAGCGUGGACGUGAGACAAAGCACAUCAGAACUGCAAGAGACCAAACAGUCAGCACCUUACCAAACAGUGUGUGGAAAAACUUUAUCAGUGUGUUUUAUCAAACAUCACCUUAAAGUUAGUUACAAAUCAGCAAAAGUGGGUUUUCUUUAGAGCGUUUUCUGUCGUCUAGUUUCCAGAAGUUCAGCUUGUUUUAAAUUUUUUGUCUGUUUCUUAUUCAGCGAUUGUUACUCAGUCCAUUAUAUUUUAUAUUUUUGCACAUUCGAUUCCCACAGAAAUGUAGAGAUGACCAAAUCUCUUUUAGAAGAACCCGCUUGUUAUCAUGUCUGCCCAAAUACAAGAUCAAGAUCUUCAUUUGACUCCUGAAGAAAGCAGAAAAUGAUCAGUAUUUUUUUACCCAGUGCUUCUUUUUUCAGGAUUCAUGUGAACAUAAAUCCCUCAUGUCUGAUCGACUCAAGAGGACGUCUGCAAACAUAGAAGAUCAAACUCUCCAUUUGACAGUCAGACUGCAGGCGGGAGAGGAGGAAGAAGAAGAAGAGGAGGAGGAGGAGGAGGAAGAGGCACGAGAGGAGGAUCAAGAUGAAGAAAUCAGCGGUUUAAUCAACUCUGAUGGAGAAGUGGUUGAAUGGGAUUCCAGUGAGUGAUUUAUGACUUUGACUGCAUUGCCAGUUCAAAAACUUUCGUAACGUUCGUAACUAAGAGGCGCCACACUUGCUCAUAUUCAGCUCAUGAGCUUUAAUAGAGUUAUAAUAGAGAACAUAAUAUAUCAUUUUGAUUUAAUGUUGAGUUUUUAUGUCAGGGUCUCGCUGCACAUGAGCUGACUGUUGUUUUUUCCAGGAGACAGUCCUGACAGAGGCUCAGAUUGCACAGAAAGUCCUUGGCUCAGCAAGGUAAGUUGUCUUUAUUUAAGAUUGAUCAAUUUGAGAACCACUAAAGUCAAGACAGGGGCGGUCUCCUUCUCCUAAGUCCAGAGAUACCUCCAAAUAAAAUGUACUACAUAUCUGACCUUAGUAAAACAGAACAGUACCGAAUAUGUAGCCUCUCAUAACUCCAUAGUAUCAGGAAGGAACUGAUUUAGACGUGAAGUUGUUCCAGUAAUCCCAGCAUGAGGCUGCAGGCUGCUCCUUAGACAUGUUCAAAGAUUCACAUAUGAACAUAAACAAUAUUGACACAAGGUUUGCCCAUCAACGAUUGGUGAAUCUCCUUCACGGGGCGUUGUAAAUGUCACACUAACCUGUUGUCGAGGUUCGUAUUUGUGCCUUUCUGAACUUUCCAGGUCAGAUUUGGGACCAAGAAGUUGAUCAUUUUAACUCUGGGAGUACUGGUUAAUUCAUGACGAUGAAAUGGCAACAGUGGAAGAGUGUGACAGAGAGCGUAAAAGUUCCUUAAAGAGACAGAAACUGAGAUAAAACAGUGGCUAGAACGAGGGUUUUCAGCCUUCGAUGACUGAAGAGGUCGUUGUGGAUGGUGAUGUUGUUCCUGAUGUCUUCAGAUGAGUUUUAACACAGUGUGAUGUCCUGUCUCAGUCUCAGAUGCAAAGCCAAAACCGCAGAGACAGCAGUAGUCCGACGCUCAUCAUGGAAGUUGUGUCUGCGGGGGAUGAUGAAGAGGGGGAAGAGAGGGAGGAGAAAGACAGAGUAGUCAAAGCGUCUGUCUCACCUGUAUAUCGUGGUAAAUAGAAGCCAAAAAGAAAGAGUUGAAGCCGUUUUGAAAUCACAGCUUUGUCUCAGGUCUCUUUAUGCACCUUUGUCAACAGGAAAGGGACCAAAAAGGAGGACGACAAUUACAGACGCAACAGUGACAGAAGUUUCCCAAACUCCUGGUGAGGAUUCCUCCACAAUGUAGCAACACUGAAAAUAUUAGUUUUGGUUCUGUGUGCGGUGGAGCUGGUUUGGUUUGAACCUUUUAAACACUGCGAGUUCAUCAUUGAAAUCAGUUUCUUUUGACACAAUCAAGUUUUCUGUUAACUUCCUCCUCACAAAGCAAAAAAACGAGGCAGACGAAGAAGUUCAGAGGUUCCUCUGUUGUCUGUGGAAGAAAUGGAAGCAGAGCCAGGAAGUGAGUGCUCUUUUUGUUUGAUUCCUUUCAUGAAGAUUGAAUAAAUCCUCGUUGACUUAAAUGUUAUUUUUUAUAAUUGAAAUCCCUCUUGAUGUUAUACAGUGUCAAGGCGAACCCGUGGGAAAAAGAAUACCCCUAUUAUUGAAGAACCAGAGGAAUAUGACGUAGAGACGGACUAUCAUGUUUCUGGUAAGACAAUAAUAAAUUAUGUUCAGAGGCAGAGCAAGAUAUAGGGCUCUAUUUCAGUCCCCGCCGGCGGCACGGCGGAGGGUGGCAGACCCAGCGCAGUGGUAUUUUUGUCUGGCGGAGCCCGGUGCACUGCCAGUUCGGUAUUUUUGUUGACUGAGGCGCACCGAGGUCCGCCAAGCUGGGUGUGGUGGCGCGGUAGGGGGGAGGUGUCGACAGAAUCGUGCCCGUUGGUGGCGUAGAAAGUGCGCUGAAAGCUGGCCGAUUCAAACCUGGUCAGCUUUCAGCGCAGGCGGAGCGCAGCUGGUCUAGUGGUGUUUUGGUAGACUGGCGGCGUAGUGCGCAUACGUAACCGAUGCCUCACAGGCAGGUUUCCACAGUGUCAGGCACAUUUCAGCGCAAUAAAUAAUCAUCAACAACUAAUAAUCUGAGUCAGCACAUACAUUUAGAUCUAUAUCGAUAUAUUCUGAUCUGAUGAGUGCAUUUGGCACAUGUUUGGACACUCAACCUGACCGAAUUAACACAGCUGAAACCGCAUUAAAUUAAAUUAAAUAUCUAGUAAAUAGACACACAUGAUGACGUGAACAAGACAUGUAAUUCGUCUCCCUCCUUUUCUUUCUUCCUCUUUCUCUUAUUUAAAUGAGCUAAAUGAGAAGAAAAGUGUCUGUAAAGCAUGAACGGCCCUGCGUUUGUUUUCAGUAAAGCGACCAUACAGAAGAAAGAAAGAUCCAAAACUGUCUGUUAAAGAGGAGGAGGAGAAAACAGGAGGGUCUGCAGGUAAGGACAAAUUCAAGUUUGAUAUCUUUUUAAAGAUAAAGAAUACCAGAGCUGAGUGACUACUUUUUAUACAUAUAAGAAGCUGUAUCUGGUUCUGUUGUGGCUUGAUUUAUUUAGACUGCAAGCUCAUUUUGUACACAAACAAUGAAAGGCCUAAUUUGAUCGUUUUCCCCCUGUGCAGAGAAGAAGCGCCCUGGCAGAAAGUUGAAUCAGUAUCCAAUAGAAAUACCUCCUGAGCUCCUCAAAAAGCCAAAAGAGAGGAUAGAGUACCGCUGCACAGUUUGCGGAAAAGAAUUCCCCCACGCCUACAAACUGGAGCGGCACGAGCUGAUUCACACAGGAGAGAAACCGUACUGCUGCUCCAUCUGUGGUCGGGGUUUUAAUCAAAAGGGAAACCUCAAAACCCACUACAAAGUCCAUCUGGGUAUGAUUCAGCUCUACUUUACAGUCUUGUUAAGGCGCAUCCUAACCUUCAAAACAUGUACUUGUACAAUACUUGCAGUUCAAUACCUGCUCCAUGUUUCAUGAGUAUAAAGAGCUCGACAGGGAAAAGGUCAGCAAAGUCUGUCAAACUUUGUCUUAUCCUUUUUCUACCUCAUCACUUCACAUUUUACAUAAUAUUUCACCUCAUAACACCAUCUGUCAUCACCUCACUAAUUAGAUGACAAAAACUGAUAAAAACAGAUGGAAAAGCUGAUAAAUGACGUCCAAGUUUAUAGCAGGACCGACCAAUAUUUCUUAUUUAAGUUCAUGUUUUAAAUAUCUGCUCACAGGAAAAUCUGUAUAUUCCCCCCAUACUCAAUAUUUCUCGCAGUCAGACUUUAUGCUAGCUCGCAUCUACUGACUCUUCGCCAGUUUCUGACAGAUUAAGAUAUCAUUGACUAAAGUGCCAGGUAUGAGAAAAUGCGGAGUACAGGUACAGGGCUUGACACUAACUUGUUUCAGAAGAAGCACAUGCGCUCCUAAAUUGAAAAAGUAAGGAGUUCACAAAGAACUUUAGGGGCACGAUGAAAAUUGAUCAAAUAAUGUGUGUCUUAUUGGUCGACAUAAGUACUAUUAUCUGAAAUCAAUUUUAGGUCAAUUGGUCACGUGACACGGAAGCUAUUGAAGGAAAACAGCCUUUUUUUAGAACAUCAACCGGUAAUUUAUUGACGGUCCCUUAUUCAACACCCAACAUUGACAGCGAGGGUGCCGAGUAGAUUUAACCGCGCUGCUGCUUCUUCUAUUCUCAGUUAUAGAAGACACCGGUAGAUCUGCAGUGAAUGUCCGUCGGAUAUCCAACCUAAAACUAACUUCACCGCGGUGUAGAUUUUACCCCGCAGGUCUUGCUAUUCCCUGUUAUGGAGAGUGAGAAGACACCAGUAGAUCAGCGGUGCAUGUCCGUCAAAUAUUCAACUUAAAACUAACUUCACUGCGGUAUUUACAUGAAAAAGACAUUUGUCGCCUCGGCAGAUUUUUUUUAAUGCACACAUGUGCCCCUAAAUAUAUUUUACAAUUCGCACACAUCUAUUUUUUUGUCGUACAUGCGAGUGAAACAGUCGCACUGUUGAACGCUGAAGUAACCAUAUUGGUUCAAAUACCAGACCAUGUCCCCCUUGGAAUACAUGUGAAAAAAUGGGGCUGUUAAUACUCUCAUUAUCAUAUCUGACCUUUUACACCACACUAAGUGACAGACAGUUAAAGUUAAAACAGGAAAGCUAUCAUCUUCCCUCCAUCACUCACAUGAUGAUUUGUCUGUUUUUCCCCCCUCUAGGUCGUAAAGGAGCGUUGGAGUUGGAGGAUGAGGUGAGCCCCAUGGCGUCAGAACUCUCUGAAUACUUGAAGUCUCUGCCUGGAGAGUCCAGGAUCAGAUCUUCCCUCGGUUGCCUUGAAUGUGGAAAAGAGUGCGACAGUCAAUCAGCUUUACAAGCACACCACAUAACCGCACACGCGGACCCAGCCGGUGAAUCAGACGCAGCGGAGCAAAACGCUGCACAGCUUCUGUUCUGUCGCCGCUGUGGCAUUCAGUUCGGCGACAAAGAAAAGUUGGAAGAGCAUAUGAAAACCCACAUGAAGGAGAAGCGCUACUCAUGUCCAGACUGUGGAAAGAGAUUUAUCAAUGAAAGCUACAUACAAGUCCACCAGCGUAUACAUACCGGGGAGAAACCAUUCCUCUGCUCCCAGUGUGGGAGAGGUUUUCACACAGCUUCUUCCCUCAAGCUGCACGAGAUGCAGCACUCCGGGGAGAGGCCGUUCGCUUGUGCCAUCUGUGGGAAGUCCUUUCGAAUAAACUCGUACCUAACAGCACAUUACCAAACCCACAUCAAAGACAGGCCUUUCAUUUGUAGCGUCUGCGGGAAAGGUUACUCCAGAGCAGAGGAACUGAAAGUGCACCACAGGCUUCACACUGGAGAGAGACCCUACGAGUGUACAGAGUGUGGGAAGAGCUUCAUUUACCGCCAGGGUCUGCGGCAGCAUCAGCGCACACAUGCUGGAAGACGCAUCGGGCCGACCAGACAGCUCGGGAGGCCGAAGCAGGAGGCCAGGCUGGACAUCUAACAGAAGAUCUAUUGCUACAUUCUUUAACAUAUGACUGUGUUUAAAAUGCACUUUUUGCCUGCUCUUACCCUCCGUUCCUCUCACCUGCAGCAAAGACAGUUACUGUGUCUGAAAAAUAUGUGCUACAGAAUCAGUGUGAGCCACUUAGAGUAACUGUGGCUAACUGUUGUCUUUCUUGUAUCCAUGUUUUGUACCAGUGUUUUUAUGUUUACUCUUCUCUAGUAGUCCAUCUGUACAAUAUGAGUGCCUUUGUAUCCUGCAUGCCAAAUACUCAUAUUUAAUGUCAAAAAAAUAUGCACAAUAUCACUAUUAUUUUUAAAUCCACUGUGAUGGAAUACAGAUUGUUUGUCAUAUAAAUGUCUGAUUUUUUUACGUAUCAAACUA